AUGGCAAAGAAGAAUAAGAAAAGUAGUACUCCUGUCGCAGCGGAGACCAUGUCGAACGGCAAGAAAGGUAAAAAGGGAAAGAAGGAUGUAAUUGAACCUGAACCCGAUUCAAAAGAAGCAAAGAAGGCUAAACAACAGGCUCAUAGAGCAAAAGUUACCUCUACAGCUAGUUGGACAGGCAAAUUGCCUCACACUUUACUUCAUGAGUUCUGUCAAAAAAGAAAAUGGAACAAGGUUGAUUAUGACAUGAAGAAGAUCGGUGACAAAGGAAUGCUAGCCAUUGCAGUGUUAGCGUAUACUGAUCCAAAAACUAAGGAAGUUCUCACUGUUCGUAUGAAUGAUCCUACUUAUGAUAAAACUAAUAACAAAGGUGUAAUGAUACCCCAGGAGACACCCGCUGAAGCUAGACAUAUUGCCGCAACUGUUGCUUUGUGUCGUAUUGCUUAUAAUACAAACAUGCAAAUGAUGCUUCCACCAAAUCAUAAAACUGUAUGGUACGCAUUGGAUGAUUAUAGAAAAGAGCUUAUUAAAAGUAAUCCUAAACGUGGAGAGAGAUUGUUUGAUACAGACCCAUUCACUACUAUACUAGAGGAUAGGAAGUUGGAAAAACAGAGAGAGAAGGAAAGAAAUGCAAAACAAAACCAAGCUGAGAAGACAGAAGUAGAAACUGUAGUGAUAUCAUCAACUAAUUUGGUAUCGUCAAAGAAGAAGAAUUCUAGGGUUGAAAAGAAGAUUCAUCCAAAGAUACAAGAGAGACCGCUUGUUAGCUUCCCAAAGAAAGUUUGGGAAAAUGCAACUUUCAUCGACCUUGAAGAAUCAUCCAGACAACUCAUUGAGAAAUUUACUAAAUAUAACAUUGACUGGAGUCUUAGAAAGAGACCUUCAGAGUCGUCUCAAAUAACAGAUGCAGAAAGAUCCUCAUUGAAAGACAGAUUACUUUCAUUAAAAUUUAGGGAACCACAUGUAUUGGAGGCUAUGAAUUACUCAGAUCCACUUUCAUUCUUGUUAUUUAACUUACCAGAAGAUGAUUUACCGCCAUUCUUUCAUAAGAGGACUGAAGAUUCCAGGAAUAAGAUAGAAAUAUCUUUGUUACCGUUGGUUACUAGAAUCAUGGUAGAAAAAUUGACAGAGAUCGGUGUUUCUAAUGAAGAAGCUUUAUAUGCUCUUCAAGAAAAUAAUAUGAAUGAAGCUAAGGCGGCUGGUUUACUUACCCAAAAUAUUGAUCCUAAUGUUGUUAUUAACCAAUCGUUCAACAUUACUGAAGAAGAAUCGGAAGAGUUAUGGUCUGAAGAAAUAGGAAGUUUGAAAUCGAUAUAUGAGGACCGUUGCGAAAUUAUAAAUCCUUCCUGCUUUUUGAUUGGCCUGGAAGAAAAGUUAAAAUUAAAAAUCAAAAUUUAUAGAUCUGAAGGUUAUCCUUAUACAUUACCGGGUAUUAUUGUGUCUACAUUUGAUAAGAAAAUCAAAUUACCUAAUUAUAUUAAGAAAAAUAUUCUGACUCAACUGUUGAACUAUAUCAAACAAUCAGGUAUGUUAGGUGAUAUGUUGAUAUAUAAUAUCAUGGAAUGGUUAGACGAAAAUGUGGAGCACAUAAUAAACAAUCCUGGUGCUUUGUUAACUGCAGAAGAUAUAGCAAAAUCAUCCCAGACCAAUUUAAGAGAUUUAGUUUCAUCAAAAAACGGGAAAUCGCAGAAUAAUAGAGCUCGUAGAUCUAAUGGAUUAUCUUCAGAACACAUCCAGAAAUUAAAAGAUGAAUUUUUGAAUAGAAUAACAACCGCAGGUUAUAAAUCAAUGCAAACUGUAAGGGCUUCCCUUCCUGCAUGGAAUAAACAAAAGCAGAUCGUCGAACUUAUAGAAAAUCAUGAUGUUGUACUUAUUACAGGUGAAACCGGUUCUGGUAAAUCCACACAGGUAGUUCAAUUUCUUCUUGAUAAUAUAAUUAAUAAUGAAAAGACAACUACUCUGCUUUGUACCCAGCCAAGAAGAAUUUCAGCUAUUGGUUUGGCAGAACGUGUUUCAGAUGAACGUUGUACAGACUGUGGUGAUGAAGUUGGUUACAUAAUUAGAGGGGUGAACAAAACCUCUAGGAAUACGAGAAUCAAGUUUAUGACAACAGGUGUUUUGGUGAGAAUCCUUCAAGGGGAGAAGACUUUCCUGAAUAAUUCUAUUGUUGUGAUAGAUGAAGUUCACGAAAGAUCGAUUGACACUGACCUAAUUGUUUCCUUGUUAAAAAAUUUGGUUGGUAAAGUCAAAAAUAUGAAGAUCGUUCUAAUGAGUGCUACUGUUAAUGUGGAUCUGUUUAAGAAAUUCUUUCCUGGUUUAGGUACUAUUCAUAUUGAAGGUAGAACAUUCCCAAUUAAGGAUUAUUUUUUAGAUGAUAUUCUUGAACAAUUGGACUUUAAAAUUAAGAAAAAUGAAAGGAACAGAUUUUAUGACGAUGCUGGCAUAGAUGAUAACAAUGAAGACAACUUCUUGCAUCCAGGUGCAGAUUCUAGGUUUUUCAAAAGUGGUCAAAUUAAUUACGAUUUAGUAUGCCAAGUUGCGUCUUAUGUUGAUCAACAACUGAGCAAAGAACACAAUGAUGGGUCUAUAAUUAUUUUUCUACCUGGUGUAUCAGAAAUCAAUAAAACAUGUCGUAUGAUAUCGGAUAAUGAUGAUUCAAAUAGGUUCGUUGUUCUUCCAUUGCACUCGGCGUUGACGCCAGAGGACCAGAAACGUGUUUUCAAAAGAUACGGCCGCAAAAGGAAGAUUGUAGUUUCUACUAAUAUAGCCGAAACAUCUAUCACUAUCGAUGACUGUGUGGCGACAAUUGACUCCGGUAAAGCAAAGACUAUGUAUUAUAAUGCCAGAGAUAACACGUCUAGGUUACUAGAAUCUUUCAUUUCUAAGGCUGAAGUAAAACAACGUCGUGGUCGUGCUGGUAGAGUUAGGGAAGGUGUUUCUUAUAAAUUAUUUUCUAAAGCCACUUAUGAAGAGAUGGUUUCGAUGCCAGCUCCAGAGAUUAAGAGAAUCGCGCUAGAAUCUUUAUACUUAUCUGUGAAGGCGAUGGGGAUUAAAAACGUAACCUCAUUCUUAGCUAACGGUCUAGAGGCUCCUCCAGGUCUCGCACUUGAGAAGGCUGAAAAUCUGUUAAUGACAAUAGGUUUACUAGAUGGCGAAUCCAAAUCUUUAACAGAACUUGGUAAGUUUAUAUCGUUGAUUCCGGUUAUGGAUAUCAAGUACGGGAAACUUUUAAUAUACAGCAUUAUAUUUGGUUUGACAGAUACUGGUGUCCUAGCUGCCUCUAUUCUUAGUGAAGGUGUCCUACCAUUCGUAGGUGGUAUUGAAAAUAGAGAUGCUGUUCGUGAUAUCCUGUCAAGUUAUAAAUCGAAAGGUGACUUAUUAGCGACUAUUCAUGUAUUCGAGGAAUACCUUGCUCUUUCUGAUUCCAAGAGCAGAUCUAAAUAUAUGAAAGAAAAUUUAUUAUCAUACAAUAAAGUUAACAGUAUCCUUUCUACCAGAACUCAAUAUUACUCUAACUUGAAAGAUAUUGGAUUUAUACCAAUGGGUUAUAAACCGGAUACUAGAAAUCAAUUUAAUAGAAAUAACGGAAACUUUAAGAUUUUUGCAUCUAUUUUGACAGGUGCCUUUUAUCCAAACAUUGCUCGAAUUCAAUUACCAAGUCCAAAAUUUUUUGAAACAAGUGCAGGUGCAAUUGAAAAGGACCCAGAGGCCAAACAAAUUAAAUAUUGGAUUAGAAAUGAACAAUAUGUUGAUGAAUUACAGAAGUUAGAAAAUGAAAAGCAUAAAGGGAAGUUAGACUCGGAAUCUCUACCUCUGCCGGCUACGCGUGCCUUCUUGCAUCCUUCAUCUGUCUUAUUCUCGUCAAAGGGUCCAGAUAGUGAAGAUAUGAAGGCUUUAACUAUAGUUGACGGCCCUUCAGAUAAACACAGUACACAAGAUCCUCUUCUAAAGUAUCCAUUUGUUGUAUUUAAUUCUUCACAAGUUACCAGUAAGUUAUUCUUAAGAGACAUAACUCCAACAACUACACUAUCAUUACUUUUGUUUGGUGGCCCAAUUAGUUACGAUGUAAGUGGUGACCAACAUUCUCCUGGUAUAGUUGUAGAUAGCUGGCUUCCUAUUCGUACAUGGUGCAAGAAUGGUGUGCUCAUAAAGGAGUUGAGGAUGUUAGUAGACUUGUCGAUAAAACAACAAUUGGACAAUCCAAGUUAUGCAAAUAUUGACAAUAAAGAUAGUGACGGAUAUACCAUUCUAAAUAUGGUCGAGAAGGUUAUUGAAAAUGAGUAG